GCCUUUGAAAUUUGAAAGGAAUAAAUAGAUCCUUGCAGGGUAUGGGACACUUUUCUGGUUCAUCUUGUCAUCUACACUGCUUGGGUUUCACCAUUUGAAUUCGGAUGCCUCGAAAAACCAGAUUCACCACUUGCUGUUACUGAUAACGUUGUUAAUGGAUUUUUUUGCCCUGGAUAUUGUCCUCACCUUCUUUGUUGCAUACCUAGAUAAAGCUACCUAUCUCCUCAUCGAUGACCUGAAAAAUAUUGCUUGGAAGUAUGGCAGUUCCUGGCUGGUUCUAGACAUUAUAUCCACGAUACCAUCCGAACUAGCUCGGAAGAUUUCCCCUAGGCCAUUGCGCUCAUAUGGCCUAUUCAACAUGCUUCGCCUUUGGCAUCUCCGAAGAGUUAGUGCCUUGUUUUCAAGAUUGGAGAAAGACAAGAAUUGCAACUACUUUUGGGUUCGAUGUGCCCAACUUAUUUGUGUUACCCUUUUUUCUGUUCAUUGUGCUGGAUACUUCUAUUAUCGUAUUGCUGCAAAAUAUCAUGAUCCUGGAAAAACAUGGCUUUCAGAAUCUAUGGGAGACAAUUUCCACGAACAGAGCUUGUCGAUUCGAUAUGUGACAUCGAUAUACUGGUCCAUCACUACACUCACUACCGUCGGCUAUGGGGAUUUACAUCCUGUGAAUACUCAGGAGAUGAUAUUUGACACUUUCUACAUGCUCUUCAAUCUCGGAUUGACUGCAUAUUUGAUCAGGAACAUGAAAAACUUAGUUGUCCAUGGAACUAGCAGAACCAGAAUAUUCAGGGAUACAAUUAAAGCUGCUUCAAGCUUUGCUCAGAGAAACCAAUUGCCUCCUCGCCUGCAAGAUCAGAUGCUUGCACAUUUGUGUCUCAAGUACCGAAUCGAUUCUGAGGGGCUGCAGCAGCAAGAGACACUCGAUUCCCUUCCUAAAGCCAUCCGGUUCUUGCCCUGGUUGGUGAUCAACUGGACUAUGGAGAUAAUGUUUGUGGUGCAGUGCUGAGCAUUCGCUUCAAUGAGGAUAUAUUGAGUGUAUGGAAUUGUAAUGCGUCAGAUCAUCAGGUUUGCUAUUAUCUGUCAUGGCCCUUAGAGAUUCAAUCAAACGGCACUUAAAGCUUCCGCACAGCUAUGUAAUGGAGUACAAGCCCCACAAUGCUUCUUUGCGUGACAACUCGUCAUAUCGAAACACGUGGUUGAGAGGUUAGACGAGCUGUUGACAAAAGGGAAACAACUGGUAAGGC